CAAAGAUGCAGCGGAAGUACCUGACAUAGAUUGGGACAACCUUGGUUUUGGGAUAAUUCCUACCGAUUAUAUGUAUGUCAUGAAAUGUUCUCAAGGUGGAAACUUUGCCAAAGGCGAAUUACAACGUUUUGGGAACAUUGAAUUGAAUCCUUCGGCUGGAGUCUUAAAUUAUGGGCAGGGAUUAUUUGAAGGUCUAAAAGCCUACAGAAAAGAAGAUGGUACUAUUCUUCUCUUUCGACCAGAGGAAAAUGCAUUGAGGAUGAGGAUGGGUGCAGAGAGGAUGUGCAUGCCAUCACCAACUGUUGGUCAGUUUGUGGAAGCGGUGAAGGAAACUGUUUUGGCCAACAAACGUUGGGUACCCCCUUCAGGUAAGGGUUCAUUGUACAUCAGACCUUUACUGAUGGGUAGUGGAGCAGUUCUUGGUCUCGCUCCUGCUCCUGAGUACACCUUCUUAAUUUAUGUUUCACCUGUUGGAAACUAUUUUAAGGAAGGUAUUGCACCAAUAAAUUUAGUUAUUGAGCAUGAAUUGCACCGUGCUACACCUGGAGGCACUGGAGGUGUAAAAACCAUUGGCAACUAUGCUGCGGUCCUGAAGGCACAAUCUGCGGCAAAAGCAAAAGGCUAUUCUGAUGUUUUGUACCUUGACUGUGUGCACAAAAAAUAUCUCGAGGAGGUUUCAUCAUGCAAUAUUUUUGUUGUGAAGGGCAAUGUGAUCUCUACUCCUGCCAUUAAAGGAACAAUAUUACCUGGAAUUACGAGAAAGAGUAUAAUUGACGUUGCUCGUAGCCUUGGAUUUCAGGUUGAGGAACGAUUUGUGGCAGUGGAUGAGUUACUUGACGCUGACGAAGUAUUUUGUACGGGGACAGCAGUGGUUAUAUCACCUGUGGGCAGCAUCACAUAUCUCGGAAAAAGGAUAUCUUAUGGGGAUGGUGUUGGAGCUGUUUCACAACAACUCUAUUCUGUGCUUACCAGAUUGCAAAUGGGCCUUACGGAAGAUAAGAUGAAUUGGACUGUCAGUCUAUCGUAGGUAUAUGAGGUGACAUUGUAGAAUCCUCGUUUGCC